AUGUAUACGAUACAAUGGGUUGGCGCAUAUCGACUCGAAAAAACAUUGGGCAAAGGCCAGACUGGUCUUGUAAAGACUGGAACUCAUUGUGUAACGGGUAAAAAGAUUGCCGUAAAAAUUGUAAACAAAGAAAAAUUGAAUGAAUCUGUCCUUCAAAAGGUGGAACGUGAAAUUGCCAUUAUGAGGCUAAUAGAACACCCGCAUAUUUUACAAUUAUAUGAUGUUUAUGAAAAUAGAAAAUAUUUGUAUUUACUUCUAGAACAUGUAUCUGGUGGAGAAUUGUUUGAUUAUUUGGUGAGGAAAGGUCGUCUAAUGGCAAAAGAAGCUCGAAAAUUUUUUAGGCAAAUAAUUUCUGCUCUAGAUUUUUGUCAUGCACAUAAUAUUUGCCACCGUGAUUUAAAACCAGAAAAUUUAUUACUCGAUGAGAGGAAUAACAUUAAAAUUGCCGAUUUUGGAAUGGCAUCUCUUCAAGUUGAGGGUUCAAUGCUUGAAACUAGUUGUGGUUCUCCACAUUAUGCUUGUCCAGAAGGUGAAAAAUAUGAUGGAAGAAAAGCAGAUGUUUGGAGUUGUGGGGUAAUUCUUUAUGCAUUACUUGUUGGGGCUUUGCCUUUUGAUGAUGAUAAUCUUCGAAAUUUAUUGGAAAAAGUAAAAAAAGGAAGUUUCCACAUUCCCCAUUUUGUUCCUUCUGACUGCCAAGGUCUUCUACGCUCAAUGGUAGAGGUUAAUCCAACAAAAAGAAUUUCUUUACAAGAUGUGUUUAAACAUCCUUGGGUAAUAGGUCCAAAUAAGGGUGAAUUAGAACUUGAAGUGCCUAUGGCUCAAGUUGUUGAGACACAUGUAAUUCCUAAUGAAGAUAGCAUUGAUCCUGACGUUUUUCGACAUAUGAACAAUUUGGGUUGUUUCAAAGAUAAAGAGAAAUUAGUAGCCGAAUUGCUUUCUACAAAACACAAUACAGAAAAAAUUGUUUAUUUUCUUUUACUUGACCGAAAAAGGCGGCGACCUGCAAAGGAGGAAGAACCUGAAUCUGUCCUUCGAAAUUCUACUUUUGAUAAUAUUGUCGAUCCGCCUCGAAAACGGGUUGAUACAAGCAAGCCUAGAUUGCCUCCUUCUAGAAUAUCUGACGGGUCACCAAUGAAUCCAAGAAAGAAUAGAUAUCGCCUUAGACAAUCCUCUUUGGGUGGAUCACCUGAGGACUCCCCACAACAUUCCUCACGUUCCUUGUACCCACAAUCAGCUAGAGGAAAUGCUUUUACAACAAGCCAAAAAGUAGAAGAAGCAUUACUUUCUCUUUCCUCUGGAAAGCAUCGAAUCUCCCUUGGAAGCAAUCAUUCCCGAAAUUCAAAUAAUUCAAAUUAUCAACAAAGUCGUCAACAAAAUCACCAUCAUUAUUUUACACAACCCAUUAAUCCUAUAAUUGUUCAAAGAGCCUCUAGAAGAGACGAACAGAGUGCCAAACAAGAAAUACAAACACAACAAUCGAAUAAGUCGAAUGGUACAAAUAUUCCCCCAUUGUUGUUGCCGGCAAAUAAACCAAGAGUGCCUAUUACAACUACAAAUACAGGUGUUGUUGUUACAACAACAACUACCCCAACAGCCGUUGCUUCUUCAGCAGCUUCUUCUUCUAAUUCCAUUGCCUCCUCUUCGGGUAUUGUUUUGAUGAAUUCUCCAUCAAUGAAUGCCUCAAAUAAUUCCAUUACUGCUGUUUCCUCAUCUUCAAAUUCUUCAAUUAUUGGCCCAUCAGGACCCUGGCACUCUAAAAUUUCAACAACAAUUAAAAACUCCAUUUUGGGAACUCCUCGUUUUCACAGAAAAUCUGUUGGAGGAAGUAGUAAUAAUACAAAUAAUGGAUAUAAUGCUGGUAGUAAUGAAUCUGAUACAGAAUGCAAUGGAGGUGUUUCUUCAACAAAUUUGUCUGACUCAACAUCUGAUCUCGUCAAAAAAUCAUUUUUCGGUUCAUUAUCGAUGAGUGGAGCAGAUAGAGACGAUACUCCCUGUAUUCCUGUUCAAAACAAAACUUUGCCAGAAAUUAAAGCUGAAUUAAUACGGCUAUUUUUAACAAUUCACGAACUUAGCCAUUCUGUUGUCGGCCAAAAUUCGUUUAGAGUUGAAUACAAACGUUUGCCUUAUUUAGGAUUUUCUAGGGGUGUAAAAUUUCAAGUGGAUAUUCUAACACCUCCAAAUCAACGAAGAGACUCUCAAAACUCGAUUAAUUGUUCUGAAAUAACUGAUUUUUAUGUUGUUCAGUUUACUUUGAUUUCCGGACCUCUUCGAAGAUUCCGUCGAUUAUUCGAACAUUUUUCGACUGUUCUCCAAAGUUCACAAAGAAAUGGAGAUCAGAGACCCUCAGCAUCCUCUGGUUUCAUGGUAAAACCGCGUAAAUUGUCUUCACAGUCAUCUGUCGGCUCUGAAGAUUCUGCUGCAGCUGGCUCUGUGGACAGACAUGAUUCUGAUCAAUUAAAGUAUUCUCAACAAUUUAGACAAAAACAGUCUUCUAUUCAAUCACAAAUUAAUCCACCUCUUGCUGAAGAUGAGAGUGGUUUCUUUGCGGAUUCUGUCAGCAAUUCAAAGACAGUUUUACGAGCAGCUCUUUCAUGUUCAACUGCUUCCCCAAGAAUAAAUUAUAAUUCAACUAAUCAACAACAAGAACUAAACGAAUCUCCCCCUCCUUCUGCCCGUAGCAGAACCUCUCGUAAAAGUGAUGCUUCCCUUCUUGGAGUUGUUUUAAUUAAUCGACAAAAAGCUUCGGUUGCAUCUUGGGGUAGUCCAGCAACUGCUGGGCAAGAAAUGAGAGCUCAAAGAGAGGCUGAUAGUUUAGAUAAUAGAGGAUUAGGUAAUUUAUUUAUUUUGAAGUUUCGGAGAAAAGAGGUUUUGGAAUUUGUUUAG